UCGUAUUCGACUGAAGACGUGUUACUUGACCGACGAAAUUAAUUCGAUAUUCGACGGCCACGUCUUCUACUUUUAUCUUUUCCCUCCACCCUCUCUCUCUCUCUAUUCAUUCCAUCCAUUUUCCAUUUUCCAUUUUCUUUGACGCCAGUAAAACUGCUGGUUACAGCCACUACAAACGCCAGGUCGUUGACCAUAAUAGUUUCGAUAAACCCUCGUAUCGACCCAGCGAGUCAUUUAACCCCCCCGAGCCCGGCUUCCGUGUUUAUCUAUUCACCUUUGUCGAGCUUGGUAGCUCAACCCCAAUAAUCAGUAUGACUACUAUGGAUCUCCGCGUCGGUAAUAAGUACCGCAUCGGUCGAAAGAUCGGUUCCGGCUCGUUCGGUGAUAUUUAUCUUGGCACCAACAUUAUCUCGGGCGAAGAAAUCGCCAUCAAGCUAGAGUCUGUUAAGGCAAAGCACCCUCAACUCGAAUAUGAGGCUCGGGUUUACAAGUCCCUUGCUGGUGGCGUUGGUAUUCCCUUCGUCCGUUGGUUUGGAACCGAAUGCGACUACAAUGCUAUGGUCCUAGAUCUUCUUGGUCCUAGUUUGGAAGAUCUCUUCAACUUUUGUAACCGAAAGUUUUCCUUGAAGACCGUGUUGCUCCUCGCCGACCAACUAAUCUCCCGAAUCGAAUACAUCCACGCCAAAUCAUUCAUCCAUCGUGAUAUCAAGCCCGACAACUUCUUGAUGGGCAUCGGCAAACGGGGUAAUCAAGUCAACGUUAUUGAUUUUGGCCUUGCCAAGAAAUAUCGAGACCCCAAGACUCACUUCCAUAUUCCUUACCGUGAGAACAAGAACUUGACUGGCACUGCUCGAUAUGCCUCUAUCAAUACCCAUCUUGGUGUUGAACAAUCCCGUCGUGAUGACAUGGAGUCGUUGGGUUAUGUGAUGCUCUACUUCUGUCGGGGUUCUCUCCCUUGGCAGGGACUUAAGGCUGCUACUAAGAAGCAGAAGUAUGACCGCAUCAUGGAAAAGAAGAUGACUACACCAACCGAGGUUCUUUGCCGUGGUUUCCCUAACGAAUUUGCCAUCUACUUGAACUACACCCGUUCCCUUCGAUUUGAUGACAAGCCCGACUACAGCUACCUCCGAAAAAUCUUCCGUGAUCUCUUCGUUCGUGAAGGGUUCCAGUACGACUACGUCUUCGAUUGGACGGUCUAUAAAUAUCAGAAGAACGCCCAGGCGAUCGCCCAGGCCGCCGGCCAGGGUGAGAACGAAGACGACAAGGCCCGACGAACCACCCCUGCGACCGCGGGUCCGGCUGCCCAAUCGGGUGCUGUGAAGCCAAAUCCGAUUCCCAGCUCUCGCCGUAAGGUAAUCGAGCGCGGUGUUCCCGGCGUUGACACUCCAGAAACCAACCGUGCCGUCGGAGGAAGCGACAGGAUGCUGCGAUCAGCUUCCAAAGGCCAGGGCGCUGGCUCUGGAUAUGCAUCUGGAUCCUACCGACCGAAAUGAUUCGAGGGCAUUUUCACAUUGGUGACAACUGUUACGUUGUAGCGGGCUUGCCGAAUGUUUGACCUGCACAAUGGAAAGUAACUCGGAAUCGUGGUAUCCUCAUUAAUAUGUCCCUCUGC